AUGAAUAUCAGAGAACACAAUAGAAUAGGUUCACCAGAAGACAAGUGUAGGCUGAUCUUCAAUCUUUAUGACACCAAUGGUUCUGGCUUACUUAGUAUGGAUCAGUUUAAAAGGUUAAUAAAGGGUACUCUGGAGCUGAUCCGAGCCAAUAUUGAGCAAGAAAAUAUGAAUGAAAUGGUCACUAUGAUGUACAACAGAGCUGGGUUGUCACAUGAAAGUAAACUAACAUUUGAAGAUUUUCUUACUGUACUGGGAGACGAUAAAGAGAACUUUGCUAAGGCUUCCAUCCAAGUAAAAGGACUAGACAAUGACAUGGUAUCUCCAAGGCAAGUUAAAGUCUCCGGAAUUGAACGACAAAACACUUGUAUUAUGAGACCUGUACCCCGAACGACAUCAAUGACACACCAACGGGAAGCAUCACUCCCAAUAUCUGACCCUGAGGAGAACAAAUAUCCAACAACAUGGAUCGGCAAGAAAUGGAAAUCAUUUGUACGCUACAUGGAGAAUCACCGACUGCAUGUCUUCUACUUGGUUAUGUAUUUGUUUGUGGUCAUAGGAAUAUUUAGUGAAAGAGCUUAUUAUUUCUCUAUUGAACGAGAGCAUGCAGGUCUUCGUAUGAUUGCGGGAUAUGGAGUUACAGUUACGAGAGGUGCUGCCAGUGUUAUUAUGUUUACCAUGUCCAUUACCUUGCUAACCAUGUGUCGAAAUACAAUUACUCAUCUAAGGAGUACUUUUCUUAACAAGUACAUCCCAUUUGAUGCAGCUGUGGGUUUCCAUAAAAUCAUCGCAGCAACGUUGUUGUUGUUUACCUGUGUACAUAUCGUUGGUCAUAGUAUAAAUUUUUAUCACAUCUCAACCCAGACACCGCCCGAUCUACUGUGCCUAUUUAGAGACUUUUUCCGUCGAUCCCAUAUUCUACCAAAAUUUCAAUAUUGGCUGUUUAUGACCACCACAGGAAUCACAGGAGUGUUGCUGACUAUUAACAUGAUAAUAAUCUACACUUUUGCAAUGCCGUAUAUGAGACGCCACGUCUACAACGCAUUUUGGUUCUCUCACAAACUCUAUAUACCUUUGUACAUUCUGACCAUAUUGCAUGGCAGCGGGCGCCUCGUCCAACCCCCGUUAUUCCAGAAUUUUAUUUUGGGGCCAGUCAUCUUGUUUGCUUUAGAUAAAAUUGUCAGUGUUAGUCGCAAGAAGGAAAUGAUCACUGUGACAAAAGCUGCCAUUCUUCCAUCAGGUGUUACCUAUUUGGAAUGGAAACGACCGGUUGAUUUUAAUUACAAAUCCGGACAGUGGUUACAAAUCUCCUGUAUUGACUUGGGAGAAAAUGAAUAUCACCCGUUUACUCUGACCUCAUCUCCCAAUGAAAACACACUUAGCAUUCACAUCAGAACUGUUGGGCCCUGGACCAUGAAUAUGCAACGCAAGUUUCAUCCUGAUAGUAUUUUGAAUGGAAAGUAUCCAAAGGUUGAAAGAAUUGGUGUGUUCAGUUGUGGUCCUCCGUCUGUCACCAACUCUGUACAACAAGCCUGCACUGAGCUCAACUUAGAGCAACAUAUGAUAUAUUACAAUGGUCAAGCUAAAAUUACUGAAAAUCAGAUAAUUGGUUACCAUGGUAAUAUCAAUGAGUCAGUAAAAUUACAAGAGUCGCAGAAUCAAAGUAUUUGUCAUCAACCGAUAGAAAAUAUCACUUUUGUUAAGAUACACAAAACUGGCAGUACAACAAUACAGAACAUUCUUUUCCGAUAUGGCGAUGCUCGCGAUCUUACGUUUGUGUUACCUCCACAGAAGAUAUCGCUAGGUUGGCCAAACUUUUUUCAUCGAAAGUUCAUUCUCGAGUCACAUGAUGGAAUUUACAACAUCCUGUGUCAGCAUGCACGAUACAAUGACGAGGAAAUUACGAGACUGAUGCCACCUAGUACAACCUAUAUAACAAUUAUUCGGGACCCAGUCACACAUUACGAAAGCUAUUUUACAUAUUUCAGAAUAGGUGAAAAGUGUGGAAUUAAAAAUUCAGACUCCAGUGCGUUGGAUAAAUUUUUUAAUCAUCCAAAUUUUUGCUAUAAAAAAACUGAGCGUAAUCGAAUGCUGUUUGAUUUAGGUAUGAACGAGACGUCAUUUGAUAACCUGACAUUAGUGGAGGAAACAAUUAAAUUUAUCAACAAAAGAUUCUCACUGGUUAUGAUAAUGGAGUACUUGGAGGAGUCUCUUAUUCUUCUCCGAGAUCUUCUGUGUUGGGAUAUUGACGAUUUCACGUUUUUCCAACUCAAUGCAAGGGAGCCCAAGUCUGUGCACAAAAUUGGACCAGAUGUCGCAACAAAGAUCCAAGAGUGGAAUUCCGGAGAUGUAAAGUUGUAUGAUCAUUUUAACAGAACAUUUUGGGAAAAGGUUAAAGCAUAUGGAGUGGAAAAAAUGUCAAAUGAAAUUGCCGCUUUACGUCAGAAAAACCAAGAACUGAGCCAGAAAUGUCUUUCUAGUGAUGGGGCAGGUGAAAAGUUCAAAGUUUGGCAACCCGCUGGGGUAAAAAUGAACAAUAUGGUGUUAAAACCAAAUGCGAAAGAUUAUGAGGAUUGCAAUAAUAGGGUUAUACCCGAAAAGGUAUAUACUCAGAAACUUAGAACCAAAUUAUUGUCAUCAAAUAGGAAAGAGCCACCAGCUGUUCAUAUGGAGGGCCAAGACUAG